AUGGCCUUCUCUUGUAGCUCCAAAUUUUCAGUCUUUAUCUUCGUAGUCUGUUACGUUCUUAUCGCCACUUCAUCAGCAAUAAGAAGUCCAAGUGUCAAGCCAUCAAAUCCUUUGAUACAAAAUGUUUGCUCCAAAACUCAGAACCCUACCCUUUGCAGUAAUAUAUUGAAUUCUGAUCCUCGAAGUGCACACGCUGAUCUGAAGGGUUUGAUCCAAAUACUCUUCGAUAAGACAUAUGCUAGGGGGAAUCGUGCAUUAACUGUGAUUGCGUCUCUUUACAAAAACGCAAACAACAACGAGACUAGAGAAAUACUUCAAUCGUGUGCUAUGUCUUAUAAGAGUUCAAUGACCAAUCUAAAUAAUGCGAAUGCAGCUCUAAAAUCUGGUAAUAAUAAGGAAAUAUAUAGUGAUCUAAUAUCUGUUAUAGAUGGAGCUGAGUCAUGUGACGAUGAAUACGACGGUCCACCAGUCAUUCCUCCUAAGCUUGAAGAAGCUAACAAGAAUUUUGAGGACAUUGCUUACAUUAUUUUCAAUAUUAGUAAACUUUUGUAA